CGAGAAGCUGCAGGGCUAAGCAGAGUCUGUGCAGCGGCUCUCGGGAAACAGCUUGGUAGAGUUUGGACUGAGAGCAGCCGGGAAAAAAAACUCCUGCUCCUGCGAGGCUACCUGCAACCUGUUGCUCCCCACGUCGUUUGCCUCUGAAACUUUUUACCGUUCGCACCGGUAAUGGACUAUUAGAGAGACUUUUAACAGCCCCCCCCCCCUUCCACAGCAACUUAAAAGCGAGGAACUCCCCGGAGGAGCCAGAGAUGAGUUUUGCUGCCUUUUACAUACUCCCAUAUUUUAUUGUUGCAAUGAGUGAGGACAGGAAGUGAAAAAGGAGUCCUGCCACCACCACACAAGGCUGAGUGAGGCAGGGUAUCUCAUUUCAGCAAAUACACAUCAGUCAGUCAGUGGAUUAGAGCAGGAGAGAGGAAGUAGCAUUAUUGGACUGGUGGUACUUUACCUUGACAGCAGUCUAAAUUGCCACUGCCCUCACAUCACCCACAGCCUCAACAGAAGCAGCGACCAUGGGCAAACAGAACAGCAAGCUCCGUCCCGACGUCAUGCAGGACCUGAUGGAGAACACGGACUUCACCGAGCAUGAGAUCACCGAGUGGUACAAGGGCUUCUUGCGGGACUGCCCCAGCGGCGCUCUCUCCAUGGAGGAGUUCAAGAAGAUCUAUGCCAACUUCUUCCCUUACGGAGACGCCUCCAAGUUUGCCGAGCACGUCUUCCGCACGUUUGACGCCAACGGAGAUGGGACCAUAGACUUCAGGGAGUUCAUCAUCGCCCUGAGUGUGACCUCACGUGGCCGACUGGACCAGAAGCUGAAGUGGGCGUUCAGUAUGUACGACCUGGACGGGAAUGGAUACAUUAGCAAGGCAGAGAUGCUGGAGAUUGUAACGGCUAUUUACAAGAUGGUUUCCUCUGUGAUGAAGAUGCCUGAGGAUGAGUCCACGCCUGAGAAACGCACAGACAAGAUCUUCAGGCAGAUGGACUCAAAUCGAGAUGGUAAACUGUCCCUUGAGGAGUUUGUUGAGGGAGCGAAGAACGAUCCCUCCAUUGUCCGGCUGCUUCAGUGCGAUCCCAGCAGCGCUGGGCAGUAGAAUUCUGGACUUUCCCCAUCUCAUUUUGAUUAAUUUAACACAUUUUCAGAAAUCUCUCCCAGCUGACCCAUCUGAGAUUGUUGACAUCUGAUCACCUGACCUAUAGAGACACAUGCACGCACACACGCCACACACACACACACACACACACACACACACACACACACACACACACACACACACACAUUUAGCCAACAUACAACUCUACAUACUACAAAUACCAAAAGCCUGAUGCAUAUAUAAUCUUUCAGACACUCACAUGCACAUUCUGUACAUGUGCCUCUAUGCCUGGUCAGAAGCUAGAGACAACACGGGUCUCGUAUACGGUACCAAUAUAACCCAAAGGACUGAAAUCCCAUCAAAGACUUGUUAAACACUGAAUCAAAGCCGUGCUAUCUCUGUCUGAGAAGACAGCCAGCAAGGAUAAUCCAACAGAUUUCGUGAGGUACGCUGAGCCGAAUCCAAGUUUGCUGUUUCUUUUUAUUCUUUUAUUUGUUAUUUUUGAAAGCAUUGUUCCUUAUUUAAAGGGAAUUGUGCUUAUUUUGUUGCUGACUCGAGUUGUUGUGUGAUGAUGGCCGGAUCUUUACAAAAUACUGCAGUCUUACUCCAUUAACACUGGAUGAAAUGAAGUAUGUGAGUCUGGGACUACAAAUGUUCACAGCUUACAGUAUGGUUUAUAUAGACAGGAGAUCUGGGAAAUUGUGUUUUAAAAAUGAAAAAUGUUUUUUUUUUCUUUUUUUUAAAUGUAUACUUUUGGAGGAAUGUUACAUCAAACCAAAACUGACUGAGAUUUGUAAAUGAAGGGGAAUAUUUUGACAACAGAUUACAACCAUCUGUUCUUUUUGAAAGUGACUUUUUAUGCCAAGUUCUGUGUCCACACACACACACACGCACAAAUCUACACGCACACACUUAACACGAAAACACACACAUUCAUUUUACUGAUGAAUACAUGAACUGGACAUAUGCGUAUAAACCGAGCUGUGAUUCUUUUUGUUUAACUAUGGUUCAAUAAGUGUAUCAGCAAAAAAAAAAAGAAAAAAGUUAGAUGUUAAUAUGAAUAUAUAGUAUGUACUUGUAUAUUCUUUUACUCUGUGGUAACAUUGUGGCGAUUUGCUCCAAUGGAAGAAAUUCACUUAUAUAAAUUAUUGGAAUGUGAUGAUUAAUGACAUUUUAUUUUCUUUUACUUGACGAAUAUGAUAUAAAAGAAAGAUGUACAGUAUAUUCACUCAUAUUUAUGCUAGAGAGGUUAAAGAGGAGAGGACCACACUUUCAGCUUUGCAUAUCCGCUGCUACAUUUUAGUGUAUGUAGCUUCCUUUUACCUUUUUUGAGAGUUUGACCCCAAGUCUUCCCCCAUCCCUCUACUGACAUCAUAUUUCCCAGGGAGCCUGUAAACAUUGGCUUAAGUUUUUCUUGUACUGUGCAUAAAUGAUGUGUAAACAGUCUCCAAAAGUGCAACAUCUGUUCCUCAUCCGUCCCAGAUUUCAUACAACUAUCAGACAAUUUACUGUGAUAAUGGAGAUUAUUUUUAUGACUGACACACAGUAACAUAUACUCAACUAACAGAACAAAGCACUGACGUUGGUUAGCAAGUAACGGCAGCAUCCACCAGACCUCACUGUGUUUUUCAAGGGCUUACUGAAAGCUCCUUACUGCCUACAUUGUACUUCAUUCACACCUGCCUCUCCCCGCUGGUCUAUAAACAUCAUGCGAUACAGUCGUCUUCACAGGCAGAUGAAUGAGGACUGUGGGGGGGAACACUUGUGAUAAAUUAUCUGGGCUUCUGCACAUUUCAAGUAGGUGAUCUGGUACUUCAGUCCCACACUUCACUUCAGUAGCAUCUUGUGGUCAAGUGCCAAAUAUAGAUGAAUUGAAUAAAAGAAAAAAAACAGUAUUGUAUCCAUUUAUACUGUACAGUUAUUACCUGUCGAACAAAAGAACUGUAUCAUUUUGUAGAUUUUGUAUUGUUAAUGCAUUAUGUGUUAUGAGUAGAAUGUCCAUUUUGUUAUUCAAAUAAAGGCAAAAUGGGAAAAUG